AUGCCGAGGCCGUCGCGCGAUUCUUACGGCGAACAAAAACCACCUUACUCAUACAUUUCACUUACCGCGAUGGCAAUUUGGAGCUCACCUGAGCGCAUGCUACCGCUGUCGGAGAUCUACCGGUUCAUCACGGACAGGUUCCCGUACUAUCGGUUAAACACGCAGCGCUGGCAGAACUCGCUGCGACACAACCUGUCCUUCAACGACUGCUUCGUGAAGGUGCCGCGGCGUCCAGACCGUCCGGGCAAAGGCGCCUACUGGACGUUACAUCCACAGGCUUUCGAUAUGUUUGAAAACGGUUCGUUACUCCGCCGCAGAAAGCGCUUCAAGCUUCACAAGGGGGAAAAAGAUACUUUGAACGCUGAGCUAGCAGUGCUGGCAUCGUUCAACCGUUUGUUCCUGUCGAGUCAGAAUCCUGUACGCGUACCGCCGCUGCAAACGUUUCAAGUUUCAAAUUUGAACGCUAUGUUAACAAAAGUAAAGCCGAAGAAGUCUUUUACUAUUGAUAGUUUGUUAUCUAGUGACCUUGAAAUUGACAAAUCUUGUGAAGACGUAGUGAGUGUGAGUGAAGUUAAUAAUCCGGUAGUCCCUUACCCUGAGCUUUUAGCAAUGUCUGCCUCAAUUUGGCCAUCACCAAUUUGUUACCAAGUUCCAUUAUACGCACCUCUUCAACUUACGUUACCAUUUAAUCCUAACAUGCUUGACUUAUGUUCUCAUCAGUCGUUGGAACUUCGAUAG